ACUAAUCAAAUUGAGCUCACGUUCAUACGUGAUGCAGCGCAGUAAGGGUUACUGAGGCGCUGGAGCAUCAUCAUCAUCAUCAUCCUCCCAUGGGCUGUGUCGUCUUCCGAUUGUCACAAGAUGCAACAGAUCUUUUCCAACAAACUGAUGACACCGUCUCAUCCUCCGCCAAAAGACGAUUUGGCCUGAUACAGAUGUAAAAUCAAAGUUAUCAUCGCAUCGCAGAAAUUAUUCGGCAAGAUUGAGCUUUUAUUUUAAACUCACUCGUUGAGAUUAAGGAAUAAUGCGCGCGCAGGUGACAGCCGGGUGUGAUUCAAUAAUUCAACGACAAGGUGACGAGAAUUUUGAAAGAGAUCAAAUGGAGAGUCAUUUUUAGGGUAGUCUGACUUUUAUUGGAACUAAUUAUUUUUUCUUUGUAAAUACAGUGAGAAAUGCCUAAACGCGCGUAAAUGAUACGCGGACGGUUUGCUCGUGUUUUGGUGUUUACUAACGUGCCAAAGUGUCCAUGAAUGAAGAACAACGCCAGCAUCCACCCAUAGACUGAGAAUCUCGAAGAGUUUCUGCGUUAACAGGUGGUUCUUCGCGCUCUGAUGGUCAUGUUGACGGCGGAAACUCUCUACAGCUGUUCGACUCUCAUAACUGACGACAGCCUCGCAGGUUUAGAAAGCCAAGAGAGUUAGCUACUAGGUAAAAGCCUCUCUAUCUAAAUCUAUGAUCAGCUCGGUGUGUGUUUCGUCGUACCGCGGGCGCAAGUCAGGCAACAAACCUCCUUCCAAAUCAUGUCUGAGGGAAGAGAUGGCCAGAGGCGAAAACUCGGACAAAAUCAUCAUCAACGUCGGCGGCACGCGCCACGAAACCUACAGGAGCACCCUUAGGACCAUACCGGGCACGAGACUCGCCUGGCUCGCCGACACGGACCCCCAGGUGAACCCCCAGGUGAACCCGGCUUCAGACACGGGACAAACGCCCAGUGCCAGCGAAUUCUUUUUUGACCGACACCCGGGCAUAUUCGGCUAUGUGCUGAACUACUACAGGACCGGCAAGCUGCACUGCCCGGCGGAUGUGUGCGGCCCUCUGUUCGAAGAGGAGUUGGCGUUUUGGGGCAUCGAUGAGACUGACGUGGAGCCCUGUUGCUGGAUGACCUACCGCCAGCACAGGGAUGCAGAAGAGGCGCUGGAGAUCUUCGAACCGCCAGAUCCGGAGGACGCGGAGGAUGAUCAGGACAUGCCCAGACGCUUCGGCAUUGAGGACAGCCCUGACCGCUCCAGGGGAUGCUGCGAAGUUUGGCAACCAAAAAUAUGGGCGCUCUUUGAAGAUCCAUAUUCAUCGCGUGCAGCCCGGGUAAUUGCCUUUGUCUCCCUGUUUUUCAUCCUGGUGUCCAUCACUAACUUCUGCCUGGAGACCCAUGAGGUCUUCAAUGAACUUCGUAAUGUCACAUCUACAAAUACUGAAAGCAACUCCACCAUGACCUCCGUCAUCUCGAAGAUGGAGAUGGAGCCCAAACCAGUGCUGACGUUGGUGGAGGGAAUCUGCGUGGUGUGGUUUACCUUCGAGUUCCUGGUCCGUAUCAUAUGUUGCCCAAACAAACUUCUCUUCAUCAAGAACCAACUAAACAUCAUUGACUUUGUUGCCAUCCUGCCCUACUAUCUGGAGCUGAGUUUGGCCGGCGUCAAAUCCGAAGCUGCCAAGGACGUCCUUGGCUUUCUGCGAGUGGUCCGUUUUGUGCGCAUCCUACGGAUCUUUAAGCUGACUCGACACUUUGUGGGUCUCAGGGUUCUCGGCCACACCUUGCGGGCGAGUGUGAAUGAGUUCUGUCUGCUCAUCAUCUUUCUGGCGCUCGGGGUGCUCAUCUUCGCCACCAUGAUCUACUACGCCGAACGUAUUAGCGCAGAUCCCCAAGACCCUAGUGGCUGCAACCACACGCAUUUCAAGAGCAUUCCCAUCGGCUUCUGGUGGGCUGUGAUCACAAUGACAACAGUAGGCUAUGGGGAUAUGUACCCUAAGACAUGGCUGGGCAUGAUGGUCGGUGCAUUAUGUGCGUUAGCAGGUGUGCUUACCAUUGCCAUGCCAGUGCCCAUUAUCGUUAACAAUUUUGGGAUGUACUACUCAUUGGCGAUGGCCAAGCAGAAGUUGCCCAAGAAGAAGAAGAAGCACAACCCAAACCCACACAUGGUGAUGAACUCUGCCUCGUUUGGGAAGUCUGAAAGCAACUCACCAAGGAACAGCACACAAAGUGACACUUGCCCCCUUGCCGCGGAGGAGAACCUUGGAAGAAACCGCUCAGAUUCAAAGCAGAAUGGUGAUGCUACGGUAACUCUUUCUGAAGAGGAGAGCUGCAGUCUGACCCAGCCGCUCUCUCCGGGCGAGAGGUGGACGCUUCGAUGCUCACGCAAUAGAGACAAGCCCAUGAAAGAGGCAACUUGUUUCCUGCUAAAUUCUGGGGACUUUUCUUGUGGAGCUGAACCCACCAUCCACACAGAGAGCUGUAAAGAUGCGCUCACAUCCCCAGCAAACUACACUCAAGCAGAAGUCACUACCCUGACCUGAGGGGGCUUUGUCCUGAUGGGACGGGUGGGUCACUCAUUCGGGAUGCUCACCAAUCUCUCGUCUUCUCAUCAGUCAUGCAUCGUAUUUCUCAGUCAAGAAUAUUUCUAGUCAUGUCAUCAUGUAUUUCUGUCCAUUUGAAAUGCUGCCAGGCAUGUUUUUGCAUGAGAGAGCAUAAGUACUUUUGGUCAAAAUGUAACUGUAAUAUAUUUUUGGUAACACUUUCCAAAAAGGUGUCAUUUGUUAACAUAAGUUAAUGUAUUAACUAACAUGAACAAACAUUGAACAAUUAAAUAUACUGUAUAUAAAGCUUUGUUAAUGAGAAAAAUACAGUUUUUUAUUGUUUGCUCAUGGUAGUUCAUAGUGCAUUAACUAUUGUUAACAAACAAAGGAUUAGAUUUUAAUAAUGCAUUAGUGAAUGCUGAAAUUAACUAUGAUUAAUAAAUGCUGUAGAAGUAUCGUUCUUUUGUAGUUCAUGUUAACUAAUGUAGUUUAUUAAUAAACCUUAUUGUAAAGUGUUACCACUUUUUUACAGUAUUUGGGACACCGAAAAUCUUAAAGUAAUGAUGUCGUUUAAGUCCUCAUUAGAUCAAAUUAGAAUCAUUUUGAAGCCAUUAAAAUGCUAGUUUAUUCCUAAGACUUAAGACUAGACUUUUUUUUAAAAGGUCAAACCCUUUAAUAUGUCCUUCUACAACUUCAUAUUUCAUUGAGGAAAUAGGUUUAAAGUCUUCUCUCCUCAUCAAAUCUGCCUCUAUUUGAUCAAAAGUACAGUAAACAUAAAAUACGGAAACACUAUCCCUAGUCAAACAAGUAAUUUUACAUAAAGUACAUAAAUAUGUGUAUUUGUAGUAUACUUAGAAUUAAAUAAAUGUUUUUGUUUUGUUUUGUUUUUCACUAGGGAUGACAAUAAAAAAAAAUUGUUUUCUAUUUUAAUAUACACCUAAUAUAUCUAACAUUUCCUUUACUGUGACUUUUGAUCGAUGAAGUUUGUCCUUAAAGCGUUAAAGUAUUUAAAAAAAACCCUCCAAACUUAUGAAACAACAGUGCAUAUGAAGAUCUGUAAAGCAUUUCUCUCCGCAUGAUUCUCAGCUUGUCUUUAUUUGGACAAAAGCAGAAAGUGGCUUGUGUCUGUACAGUAUCGUUCCAGAGAUUACAGGCCAGUUAACAUGAUGCUAACCCUUAUAUAAGAAAGGCCCAUUUAUCACUGUACAAAAAACUGCUGAACAGGGAUCUUCAAGAACAGUUUUCCAAAAGUAUUUUAAUUAAAAACGCCAGAGGGAAAUACAGUUUCAGUUUUUCCUAUAAAGAAAAGAUUUUCAACAAAGCACAGUGGCAGCUGAAUGCUUUCGUAACCAUCGUUUUCUGUAACCAACAACAUGAAGUCCUGCAUCUGUCCUGCAUCUGAAAUCAUCAGCCCUUUAUAUUCAUAACAUCUCUGGUUGAGAUGGGACCAAACUCAGAAAUCUUUGUUCUGCAACGUUAGUUCACUGUAAUUGAACCUUCUUUUGCAAGUACACGCUGUAUUACCUGUCCAAGUUGUGCCUACUGUCCUGUAAUACUACUAAUAAUUCUACUAAUAAUAAUACAAAAAAAAAACAACAACUUUAAAAUAUUUUGUUGUUAAGAGGCUCAUAUUGUUGAGAUGUCAAUCAUGUUUGCACACACACACACACACACACACAGAUAAACUUCUGCGAGAUUUUUUCCAGCUUGUUGUCUGCCAUAGUUGCCUUAUGUUUCAUAACAACAGAGUUCAAGUGCAACACCAUGCUAUUUAGAUCAGAAAAUGUAAAUAUCAGUACUACUGUAUGUAGCAGAGUAUCAUUAUCUAGCAAGAAGAUGCAUUCACUGUCUAGUUAUACAGAUUGUUUUCAUAAUGGUCCAGCAGUAUCUGCCUUUAGCCAGUAAACGUGAGUAUGUUUGUGUGUUUCAGGGAUGAUGUAACAUGCUAACAAUGAGGCUCUUAUACUAAUAGAUGAUAUGGUAUACUGAAAAAAAGGUACAAAAGCACUGGGGCAGUACUUAAAAGAAAAAAAAGGUAAACCUCUGUACCCUAUUUACCACUAAAGAGCUCGUUUUAAUAUCUUAAAAGUACAUAUUAGUACCUGAAGUGUACAUGGUUGUGCCUAAAUUGUACAUUUUGUUACCUUUUAAAAAGGUACCACCCCAGUGACAACUUUUGUGCCUUUUUUUCUGAGCAUGUACAGCAUUGUAACUUUUGGAUGAACAUGUACUAUGUUAUAUGUCUAAAGCAGCUCAUAUCUUGUAUUUUGUAGGCAUGUGUGUCCAUGCAUUUCUGCAGGAAUACAAAUAAAAUCAAAUUAUUGAACUG